AUGGCCAGACAGGCCUGGCUUCCAAAUAUCCGCAAUGCAAGGACUCCUGCUGAGCAGGUCGUUGCUUUGAGAGCCUUGAAGAAUGAGAUCAUUGGCCAUCCUCUCCGGAAGGAGAGGGCCGUCGCCAUGGGGGUUCUGGAUCCCGUCGUGCGCCUGACCUCGAACAAGACGGCGAACAGGAACGAUGGCAAAUCGCAUGACCAUACCUUCGCAGCCAGGCCUUUGGCCGAAGAGGAGAUAGUCCGUCUACAGGGUCUGCAAGUGAUCGCAAGCAUCGCUCUAGGCGGGCCCUCCUUUCCUGCUCCUCUGCAAUCCGCAUCCGUCUUGCCAGCCGUCCUGUCGAACCUCUGCCCGUCGAAUAAUCCGUCGCAGCUGGUGCUAGCUUCGUUACGGGCCCUGUCAAAUCUGGCUGAUUACGCUGCGUUGGCGCCAAGUGCAUCCAAACUCAACACCAGCAGCCUUGCGGAAGCCCUUUUUGUCCGCCAACAUCUCAGCUCCCUCCGCCGCAUCCUAUCGCAAUCCUCCCCAUCUACAAUUGUUCAAUGUCAAAUAUCCAUAGCGGCCUCCUUGAUCAGUCGGACCUGUCGAGAGGAACGUCACCAACAGGCGCUUGCGAAUUCGGGCGUGCUGGAUUCCCUUGCUACAAGAUUGGCCAGCUUUGUUGUGGCAGAAGGCCUUGUAUUACCAGGGGCAGAAGUCAUAGCUCAGAGGGAUGGCUUACUCGGAUAUAUUCCCCCACCGGCCCCUUCAAACGCCAGUCUUUCGACAAUAUUAGAAGCAAUUGCUGCUAUCAUUGCAGACUCCAAAUUCCGUGCUUCUCAGCUCCUCUACUCCCCUUCCAUUCUGGCCAUAUUUCCCAUGUCUCAGUCGACUGAAUUUGUCGCGAACCAGAACACACGCGCUGCUUGGAACACCUUCAACGCUUCCGGGUUGGGGGCACGGCAAAACCAACUUAACGCAGUAGAUUUCCUUUUACCCUAUGUACCUCUCCAUCAAGGGAAGAAUGCAACAGGCCAGGCGUCGGCCUUUCCGCCGUUAGGUACAAGUGGCUCUAGAGAGAACUUGACGCAAAACGGAUCCAAGUUCAACGGUGCGUCUGGCUGGUCCGACUCAUCCGGGUUAGAGACUGGCGUAACACCUGACGAUGGCCCUAUCUCAGAGACAGAACAGCCAGAACAUCCUCUCAUCGCAUAUCUCAUUCUGCUGCUUAGAUCAAGAUCAGGAAUGGAACGAUUGAUGGCCGCGUCUGUCUUGACAGUUCUAUACCGAGCUGGACUGACAGAUAAAACUAGAGAAACCGCCAUCGGUUUACUGGUUGUGCCGUUGCUUGUAGAUAUGCUUGACAAUACUGUCAUGCCGUCAAAGAGCGUGGAUAACUUCACUGAGACUGAGGCUACGUCCUUGGACUGGGCAGUGAAAGAACGUGCGCCUGCUAUACUUGCUAUGCUAAUUACGGAUAGCGAGUACUUACAAAAAGCCGCAUUUGAUGCUAAUGUUGUCCCCAAGUUAUCCAAGUUGCUAAAAGUCUCUUAUGAUCCUGUUCCCGAGACAUCUCUUCCACAUCAAUGGUCUCCACAUAGGGAAGAGAAUGAGGAAGACAUGGAGGGUUCUCUGCCAUCUCGACCUAACCAACGAAUUCCAUCUCCUCUAUUGGUUCACAAGAUAAAGGUUCGAGAGAGUACUUUAAAGGCAAUUGCGGCUCUUGUUCCUUUCAAGGAUGAAUAUCGGAAGGCCAUUGUAGACCAAGGCAUGAUCCCUUACAUUGUGGAGUCGAUGAGCUCCACCCCGGGCAAGCCGACUCCAAAAGGCGGAGAAAAGCCCGAGAAAACCAACAACGGAUCCAAGGAAGAAGACGAAAGGCAUGAAUAUGGAAUUAACCCUAUCAGUGUUCUCAUUGCCGCAUGUGGCGCUGUCCGAGCUCUUUCUCGCUCAGUCAGUAUUCUGCGGACCACAUUGAUCGAUAACGGUGUAGCCAUGCCCGUCUUCUCUCUUCUCCGGCACCCAGAUAUUGAAGUCCAGAUCGCUGCAACCGCCACUGUUUGUAAUCUAGUGACUGACGUCAGUCCUAUGCGCGAUAUGAUCACGGAAGCAGGAGUGCUAAAGAUCUUGUGUGAGCAUGCGCACUCUAUGAACGCAAAGCUGAGGCUGAAUGCUCUCUGGUCUCUGAAGCACUUUGUCCACGCGGUAAGCAAUGAUAUGAAGAGGUUGUGCCUUGAAGAACUUGGACAAGGGUGGCUCGUGCAGCUUAUAUGUGACGAUACCGAAGACGAGGCUCUUGUUACUGCUCAAGGCGGGAAUGAAAUACUAGGAGCUCCUGCCAUGAGCGAUGAAAUGGAUGAAGAUGUGGAAAUGGGCCAGUCUGAGGACCGCGUGGGCUCGACUCUUGGUGCUGACUCUAUCGGUCAGUCGACUUCAAGGCCCAAUAGCAGUCGUAGCAUAUCUGUCCAGCAGGCAGAAAUGCGACUUGCUGCUCUAAGAGACGCAGAAACAAACCCUGCAAGGAAGGCCAGAAAGGAUGAUAUUGCGGUCCAAGAGCAAGGCCUAGAUUUUAUAAGGAACCUGAUAGGAGGAGCUGGUCAGGGUGGCACAGCAGAGACGACAGAGAUGAUUGAUUUCCUUUUCAAUGCCUUGGGUCAAGAAAGGGUCUUCGAGAUCUUGACAUCCAAACUUAGGCCAAAGGUGAUCAACCCAUACAACCGCCGUGGUUCUUCCUCAGAGACCAGAGUCAUACCUCCGCAGUCCGAGAUCAUCACAGCUGUGGGUUACAUCCUGGUGCACAUGGCAGCAAGUGUGCCCCGCCACCGUCAACUUGUCAUCGCGCAGACAGACCUCCUCAAACUUCUUGUCCAGCAGUUCGGCCACCCCAGCAUCGAAGUCCGUCUGGCUCUCUGCUACCUAGUCACGAACCUCACGUGGAGGGACGAUAGCAACGACAGCCAGGCUUGCGCACAGCGGGCCAACGAAUUGAAGAAGCUGGGCUUCCUCGCCAAGCUUGAGAUGCUGGAACAUGAUCCUGAACUCAAUGUUAGGCAGCAAGCAAAGUCGGCUUUGUGGCAGAUGAGACAGGGAUAUUAA